AUGUCACAUGUGGCGGGUGCAGCACGAGAACAGCUGGAACACGAAGCAGCAGCCGAAAAUAUCAAAAUGCACUCAUGGAAGGAAGAUUCUGGUGCCUUGAAACAUGCGAUUUUUUAUUGGAUUGGUGAAAAUUCGACGCUGGACAAAGGGAUGUGUGCUGCCGUUCAUGCCGUUAAUCUCAGAAAUCAUCUGGGCGCGACAUGCAGGUACUCUUCGCCUCUUGAAAUAAAGGUAUUUCCUGAAAAAAGAAAAUUUCUAGCAUUAAAAGUUGUGGUUUUUUUCUUUCUUUUCCCGAUAGUAGAAGAAAUGGCACUCAUUUACCUGGCUAAAUACCUUUGUGGCUAUUCUUCACUCACCUAUAUGGCUCUUAUUCUCCUUCCGUUUCCCCCUGUUUCGUUUUGGGCCUUUGUUUUUCUCUCUGCGCUCGUUCGCCCCUGCAUUCUUUAUGUUUGUGUUCAUUUUUUUUUCUCGAGGUAUAUGUGA